GUUUGCUGUGUUGACGAAAGAGCUCAACGUUUGCCGGGAGCAGCUUCUGGAGAGGGAGGAGGAGAUUGCUGAGCUCAAGGCGGAGAGAAACAACACACGUCUGCUGCUGGAGCACCUGGAGUGUCUGGUGUCCCGUCACGAGCGCAGUCUGAGGAUGACGGUGGUCAAGCGGCAAGCCCAGUCGCCCGCAGGAGUGUCCAGUGAGGUGGAAGUCCUCAAGGCCCUCAAGUCUCUCUUUGAGCACCACAAGGCUCUGGAUGAAAAGGUUCGAGAGCGUCUCCGAGUGGCCCUCGAGAGGGUGUCCAUGUUGGAGGAUCAGCUAGCCGCGUCUUCUCAAGAGGUAAUCUCUUUAAGAGACCAAAUUAAAAGGCGUCAACAAGGGUUGGACGGCGGGAAAGAUCGAUUACCCAACGGUCCCGCUUCUGGCUUGGAGGACAGCGAGCUGGAAAGACAGCGGGAAGUAGAGAUAGAGCGUCAGAGAGCCGAACUCUCCCAGCUGAGAGAAAGACUGGCUCUCAUGUGCCGGCAGGUCGGCGAAAUAGAGGAACAGCUUGCGUCCGCCAGGAGGGAGGUGACAAAGUCGGAGGAGGCCAAUCAGAAGCUCCAACGGGAAGUGAAAGAGGCCCUUUGCCAAAGAGAGGACAUGGAGGAACGGAUAACAACACUAGAACGCAGGUACCUCAGCGCUCAAAGGGAAGCGACCUCCCUCCACGAUAUCAAGGACAAGUUGGAAAACGACCUGGCCAGCAAGGAGUCCCUCCACAGGCAGAGCGAGGAGAAAAACAGGCAACUCCAGGAGCGUUUGGACGAAGCCAAGCAGAAACUCCAGCAAACCUUGCAACGGGCUGAGACGCUGCCUGAGAUCGAAGCGCAGCUCGCGCAACGGGUUGCCGCUCUCAACAAGGCAGAAGAGCGCCACGGUAACUUUGAAGAGCGACUACGGCAAAUGGAAGCUCAGCUUGAAGAGAAGAACCAAGAGCUACAGAGGGCUAGGCAGAGGGAAAAAAUGAACGACGAACACAACAAACGACUCUCCGACACCGUCGACAAACUUCUGUCCGAGUCCAACGAGAGACUCCAGCUGCAUCUUAAAGAGAGGAUGGCAGCGCUGGAAGAAAAGAAUGCGCUCUCUGAAGAACUGGCUAAUAUGAAGAAAAUCCAGGAUGACCUUCUUGCUAACAAGGAGCAGCUCAUUGCUGAGCUGGAACGGAUCCAACUGGAGCUGGACCAGCUGAGGGGCAGGCCUGGCUCAUCUUAUUCCAGGGCGGGCAGCGUGAGCUCACUUCCAUCCACCUUGUUUCGAAGAUCUCUCCCAGGGAGCGCCUCGGAGCUGCGCUACCCCCAGGGCGGCGGCUCCCUCCCGGCCGGCUACAGCAGCUCCUCCGGCGGCGUGGUGGUCCGGCGGACUCACCGCGGCCGCUGGGGGCCAGCUAGGGACGACUGCAACAAGUAUGGCGAAUGGGAUAGUGGCAGUAUGAUGGGUCCAGGGUUUGAGGGCGUGGAGGGAGUCUGUUCGGACGACGAGGAUGACAGGGAGACUCUAUUUGGGUCAGAGCUGCUAUCGCCUAGCGGUCAGACGGAUGUGCAGACUUUAGCUAUUAUGCUACAGGAGCAACUGGAGGCCAUCAACAAGGAGAUUAAACUCAUCCAGGAGGAGAAGGAGAGCACGGAACUGAGGGCGGAAGAGAUCGAGAGUCGGGUGAGCAGCGUGGCACUGGACGCGUCCCCGAUUCCGCCGUCUUCGCUGGGAGGCCGAGACAGCGUUGGUCGGGGAUACAUGACCCCCUCCAUCACCUCCUCCACGCUGGCGUCUCCCUCGCCCCCCAGCUCCGGCCACUCCACCCCACGCCUGCCGCAUUCUCCUGCGAGGGAUACUGACAGACAGAACAGCAAAGACGGCGAAGAGUGCCGAGCACUCGCCUUGAUCGAUUCCAACACUCCCGCCGUCCCUCGAGCCCUGCGACUCGACCGGAUGACGCACACUCACCCGGGAGCGGGUCUGGAUGACCACAGGGAAUUUCGCAGUCUGUCUGCCGACGGCGCCAUCACGGCGAGCCAGGAUUCUCUCCACAAAGCCAGCAAAAAGAAAAGCAUUAAGUCCUCCAUCGGCCGUCUCUUCGGAAAAAAGGAAAAGGGGAGGAUCGGUGCACCUGGACGCGAGUCUACCUCUUUGGCCUCAACGCCUUCAGAUGACUUGGGCCCGGCAGACCCACUGGGCCUAGCUAAACUUGGGACCGGAACAGUUGAAAAAGACCGUCGCAGCAAAAAGAAGCAUGACCUACUCGAGGAGGCUUGUCGUCAGGGUUUGCCUUUUGCCUCGUGGGAUGGUCCGACGGUCGUUACGUGGCUCGAGUUGUGGGUCGGAAUGCCGGCGUGGUACGUGGCAGCGUGCCGCGCCAACGUGAAGAGCGGCGCCAUCAUGGCCAACCUUUCCGACACAGAGAUCCAGCGAGAGAUUGGCAUCAGCAACCCUCUGCACAGGCUCAAACUCCGGCUUGCCAUCCAGGAAAUGGUUUCCCUCACCAGCCCCUCGGCGCCGGCGAGCACACGUUCGUCAACCAGUAAUAUUUGGAUGACACAUGCUGAGAUGGAGUCACUCGCUGCUGCCACUAAGCCAGAACAGAAAGAGUUCAGCUGGGAUCAGAUCCUGGCUUACGGCGACAUGAACCACGAGUGGGUGGGAAACGAGUGGCUGCCCAGUCUGGGUUUGCCCCAGUACCGCUCUUACUUCAUGGAGUCACUGGUGGACGCCCGAAUGCUCGACCACCUCACCAAGAAAGAGCUGAGGGGCCAGCUGAAGAUGGUGGACAGUUUCCACAGGGUGAGCCUCCAUUACGGCAUCAUGUGCUUGAAGCGCUUGAACUAUGACAGGAAAGAGCUGGAGAGGAGGAGAGAGGAUAGCCAACAUCAGAACCAAGAUGUGAUGGUGUGGUCCAACGAGCGUGUGAUGUGUUGGGUCCAGUCCAUCGGUCUCAAAGAGUUUGCGGACAACCUCUUGGAGAGCGGAGUUCACGGGGCGCUGCUGGCUCUCGACGACACCUUUGACUACACUGACUUGGCCCUUCUUCUCCAGAUACCCAAUCAGAACACGCAGGCGAGGCAGCUCUUGGAAAAGGAGUACAACGCUCUCAUCUCCAUGGGAACAGAGAGGAGGCCAGACGAGGACGGCACCAAGACGUUCACACGCUCGCCCUCGUGGAGGAGGAUGUUCCGGGAGAAAGACCUCCGCGGCGUGACCUCCGACUCUUCGGAAACGUUACCGGCCAACUUCCGUGCCUCUGCGAUCUCCACCCCGUCCGUCACCCUGAGGAAAGUCCAAAGUGAAGUGAAUUCGGGUCAAAGAGGAGAGUCGGCAUCAGUGAGAACAUAUUCUUGCUAAGACAAAAGCACAUCAGACCUUGACCACCAACGUGAACCUGCGCAAAAAGACACAAACGACCCCUAGGAAAACGAAGACGAGAGCCAGGAGGCGACCAGCGACGCUCGAGUCGGACGUCUCGAAGAAUCCGAAACUGGACGUGAACGAGGUCAAAAGAUAUUAUGAUGAACGGAUGCCUUUUGAAUCAUGUCUCUUGUCUUUAUCUCUCAAUCCAUUGUUGUGGCAUGACGCUGUUUGAUUCUGUAGAACGUGACCAACGCCUAUCGUGAAAUCAACUUCUGUUUUUGAGUGUGCAAUGGCAAUACUGACGCGUUGAAUCUACAGUUUUUGGGUGGGGAGGGCGGGGGGGGGGUGCACUCCUGUUCAGAACAAUAAUUACUCCAAUUCUUUCAGGCGAACUGGAUGAUUUUGAUAACGAAUAACCAUGUCUUGGUAAAAUCACAGUUCAGGAUGGUUUUGGGUGGCGACACGUUCUGAAGCCAUAAAAUCGACGCGAGAUGCACAAACGUGAACGGGACGGACAGUGAAACAAUAAGAAAAGUGCUUUAUGACCCUUCGAAACUGGAACAUAACACAUUUGUGUUCAUAUGCAUGCCAAAAUCGACCAUUUGAGAGUGAACGUCAGUCAUCUAAUGAUGUGGAAGCUUGGGUAUAAGAACUUUGUAAAAUGUGUGUAUUUUAUUUUUAUCAUUUUUUUAAAAAUGAUAAUUGCUAUUGUAUGUAUGUACAGUAUGUAUGCGUGUAAACUAUAUGUUCAUUUCAUACUUAGUUCUAAGAUGGAUGGUCUUUUCCUUUGAAGCUAAACAAAAAGAAAUAUGUUUUAAACGAUGGACAGUCGAGAUAUACUACUUGUAUGUGUACAUUUUUGAAAAACAAAUUGUCCUAUGGGUUAAGUUGAUAUUACUGGAGAGUAGUGAUGAUAAUUGAAUAUAAUAUGAUAAAUAUAAUGAUCAUGAUUGUAAAAGCUGUAAUUAAAAAAAAACAA